AUGAGUGUUUUACCAGGCCUGACUGACAACAAUCAACUAACAGACUCAUUAAUUGAUGCGAGUAAUGAAAUACAGCAAUUAAAUAUCCCAGCUGGUUCUGAAUGGCGAAUCGAAUUAUCUAGUGAAACUAAAUUAGAUUUAAAAAUAAAAUCAGGUAUUGCUGAAAUUUUUGGUACUGAACUAGCUAACGAUAUUAAUUAUUCUUUUAAAAAUUGGAAGUUUCCAAUAUAUGCUGUUGAAGAUGUAAAACUGGAAUGGAAAUGUCCUGAAUUAGCCUCCAAAGAGUUGAAUAUAUUAAGAAAUAAUUCACAACAAUAUAUUUAUAAUUUGCAUUUUGCAUUUGAAAAGAUGAGAGGCUUAAGUUUCGAUGGAUUUAGAGCUAUGGUUGUUGGAAAAUCUAGUUCUGGGAAGACAUCACUGUGUAGAACAUUAGCAUCAUAUGCCAUAAAAUCUAAACCAUAUCAACCACUUUAUGUUAACACAAAUCCUCAGGAUGGUAUAUUAUCAAUGCCAGGUUGUCUAACAGCAACGCCUAUAUCAGAUAUAUUGGACGCUCAAAGUGCAACUUGGGGACAGAGUAUGACAAGCGGUGCUACUGCAUUACACAGUAAACAACCACUAGUAAGAAAUUUUGGAUUGGAAAAUGUUUCUGAAAACAGAAAACUUUAUAUGAAUGUAAUUACCCAAUUAGCCAAUGAUGUGAGAAACAGAUUGGAAGAAGAUUCUCUGGUAUGCAGAUCAGGUACUAUAAUAGACUCACCUCCAUUAAGUGUAUUUGAUGAUGAUUUUAUUGAGUUAAAGCACAUUGUUAAAGAAUUUAACGUUAAUAUCUUAAUUGUAUUGUGUGAAGAUGAAAAUGACCAAAUUUGGAAAAAUAUGAAAACUCAUCUACAACCAUUGAUCGGAAACUUUGUAUUGAGGGCACCAAUUCUUGAUGGUGUUGUUAAGGUAGAUGAUGUCUUUAAGAGAUCACAGCAACGUGAUGCAAUAAGAGAAUAUUUUUAUGGUACUCCUCAAAUUGUUUUAAGCCCCUACGCUAUUGGUGUAGAUUACGAAGACAUAACUAUGUGGAAGCCUAUGAGUAACAUGGAACAAGAUUGGCAGAAUAAUGACAAGACUUCUCAAUUAACUCUUAAAGCAGUUGAAAUAACGUCAAAUAAUAUCCAACAUGCCAUUGUAGCCAUAACGUAUGUGCCAAAGAAUGCAUCAGGUAAUGAAGUGGAAAAAGCUAAUAUUCUAGGCUUUGGCCUAGUGAUGGAAGUGAAUGAGAAAAAAGGAAAGUUCGUAUUCUUUUACCAGUCCCUGGUAGAUUACCUUAUAAAGCGAUGA